GCUGGUUCGGUUCUGGUGUCCUUGUCGUCCUCCGCUCGCUAUCGCCCAAGCUCUUCUUCAACGGUCUCUUUGUCAGCGCAUGGAGGACUUUUGGAUAUGGUCCGAGGUGAAAGGGAGUGGGAGGGUGAUGUGGGUGAGAUGGUGACUGAGUGCAACAACAAUAGUGAAGAAUCUCCCCUCGCAACUACCCCAAGCCAAGCAUCACCCGAAGAACUGGCGCUUUUAGCAAAACUGGAGGAAGCUAACAGACUUAUCGAGGCUGAUGCCAAAAGCUUAAACUCGAUAUCUAAUAAUAGUGGACACUCAAGAAAAAGUUCGGAUACAUCUCAAAUCUCCCUCACCUCUGGGACAAGUUUGUCCCAGGAGAGGGAGAAAUGUGAUGAUGGAGAUGAAGAUUCCUGGACUACUUGGGGACGAAUCGCCAAUGAUUGGGAUUCCUACAAGAAAAAGACAUCAUAUAUCAAGGAGAUGGUCAGGAAAGGAAUCCCACAUCAUUUCAGAGGGAUUGUGUGGCAGCUCCUUUGUGAUGCACACAAUUCUCCUGAAAAGGACCAGUUUGCAGAAUAUAUCAAAGCCACUUCCGCCUGUGAAAAGGUGAUAAGGCGAGAUAUAGCUCGAACCUACCCUGAGCAUGACAUGUUUAAAGAAAAAGAUGGAGUCGGUCAAGAAAGCCUUUUCAAUGUUAUGAAAGCUUAUUCCCUCCAUGACAGGGAGGUCGGCUAUUGCCAGGGGUCAGGAUUUAUUGUUGGUCUUCUCUUGAUGUUGAUGCCGGAAGAGGAAGCGUUUGCUGUUUUCGUGAAGUUGAUGAAGGAUUACAGGAUGCGGGACAUGUUCAAACCUACAAUGGCUGAGCUGGGGCUCUGCAUGUAUCAGCUUGAGAAUCUAGUCCAGGAGUUGAUGCCUGAUCUACACAAUCACUUCAACUCUCAAAGUUUUCAUACGAGCAUGUACGCUUCAUCCUGGUUCCUCACCCUGUUCACGACGGCUCUUGCACUUCCUACAGCUUGUCGUAUCAUCGAUGUUUUCUUGUCUGAAGGAAUGGACAUCAUCUUCAAAGUAGCUCUUGCUCUCCUUACAAUGGGAAAAGAUGAUCUUUUGUCUCUUGAUAUGGAAGGAAUGUUAAAGUUUUUUCAAAAAGAUCUUCCAGUUCGAGCUGAUGCUGACCCAGAAGCUCUCAUGAAUCUUGCUUACGGUGUUAAAUUUAAUGCUAAGCGUAUGCAGAAAUUGAAAAAGGAAUACACUGUUAUGAAGACCAAAGAACAAGAGGACAUGGUAGAACUGAAGAGGUUGAGACAAGAGAAUCGGCUUUUGAGGCAAAGGGUUGAACUUCUGGAAGCUGAAAGCUCAGAACUAGCACACAGGUUGGUGAGGGGUCAAGUCUCUCGUGCUGAAGAAGAAGAAACGACCUUUGCUGUACAGCGUGAGCUCCAAGCACUCAGGAUGACUCAUCUGCACACAACUCAUCAACUGGAAAUUGCACACGAAGAGAUUAAAAAUCUCUCAGUUAUACUUGAACAAAAUCACAACUCUUGUCAGUCUUCACUUGACGAGAUUACUGCGAAGAAAGAAGAACUGACACAAAAGGAAGAGAUGGUGUCUUGCCUUCAAGAAGAGCUCUUUAAAGUUCGAUUGAGAGAAGCAGAAAAUGAAGCUUUAAUAAGGGAUUUGCGGAGUAAAAUUCAAGACCUUGAGCAAGAUAAAAAGACAUUGAGGGAAAGCACUGUUGAUAAUUCAGUCGCUCACCUUCAAGAAGAGCUCAUUGCCGUCAAACUACGAGAAGCAGAAGCUAACCUCAGUCUGAAGGACCUUCGCCAAAAGUUUACUGAACUUGAAUCACAAUGGCAGAAGCAUGUUCAGGAUCAUCAUAGAAAUGAAGUAGUACCUCCUCCUGAUUCAACACCGAAAAAACUUGGACUCUUCUGGGAAAGCCGUAGCGGUGACAUACAACGACUAGAAGAAGAAUUAAUGACUACCAGGUUGAAAGAAAUGGAAGCCACCAUGGAAUUGAAAGAGUUAAAAUUGAAGGUGAUGGAACUAGAGACUCAGGUGCAGGUUAGCACUAAUCAACUAAGAAGACAGGAUGAAGACAACAAGAGACUUGCUGAUUCUUUAGAAGCUGCGGAAGCCAAGACGAAAGAACAGCUUGCCAAGUGUAGGGACCAUAUUCACCGUUAUGCCGAUCUUGAGUCUAAGAUGAAGGAUGAACUGAUGAUGGCAAGGAUAAGAGAUGCUGAAAGUUCUCAGUUAGUUGCUGAACUUACUCAAAAGAUAUCUCGCCUCGAACUGAAGAACUCAGAAAUGGCAGCAGAAGGAGAACUUAGGAGCCAUAUCGAUGAUAGUGAGAAAGUCCGUGAGCUUCAAGAAAAGAUGGGUGAAAUGAAAGCAGAGAUCAUGAGGCUUGAAGCUUGGAAGCGAAGAGGCAUGGCACGAGCGGGCUCAGUCGACACAGAGAGUGAACAAGAAGAGACCGCUGACCUUCACCUCCGCCUUGAUACCUAAUAUCACUUUUGUGGCUCUCCCUUGGGCCACAUCUACUCAUCCAGCUGCUGAGCCAGUUUCUUCUUAAAUAUUCCUAUUGUCUGGGAAUCAAAUGUCAGUUGUAAAUGUUGUUAUAGAUGUCAUAACUGUUUAUAGGUUUAGGGUUUCAAACUAUUCUAAAUGUGAUAGACUUUUAGGAAAUUAAUUAAUCUUCUUCUUUAAAAAAAAAAAAAAACUUUGAAUAAGAUAUGAAAUUGAUUGGAGAUUGUGAUUUUUUUUUAUGAAAAGUGAUUAUCAUGUAUUUUUAAGGAAAAUGUGUGAGGCAGAUAUGUGGAGGCUCUGCCUGUUUUGAAGUCUGCAUAUAGUCUUUUUUUGAUGAAAUUAGUUAAUGUAAAUAAAACAGUAGGUGACAAUCUGAUUGCUGGAAAAAUUACUUUGUACUCUUCUUAUAAUGAAUAUUUUGUAAAUAAGAUUAUAGACAAUUAUAUGAAUUUAUUAAUUUAUUCACCAACGAUGACUAAAUUUACCACUUAUAUUUAAGUUAAAUUUGUUAGAGUAUUAAAAUUUGUUAGGCCUCUGUAUUCUUUAUUUUUAUUUAAAUGUUGUUAAUUAUUAAUUAUUUUUUAUUUGUGUUAGUGUAUUUUGUUUUAUGAUUGAUACAUUAACAUAUUUUAAGUUAUCCGUCCUUUAUUUAAAUUAAUUUGUAUUUAUAUUGAUUUUUCUAUGUAUAUAAAUAGUAAUUGUUUUAUAUAUAUACAAGCUCAUUUCAAGUGAUAAUUGGAAGAUUGUGAGAAAUGAUGUUGGAAAUGUAUAUAUUUUAUGACUUUUAUAAAUAUACAUAUUAUAUAUACUAUCCAUAUUGGUGUCAUAAUUGAUUUGUUAUUAAUAGAAUAUUUAAUGGCACCUAAAAAGGUAACUAUAGUUAUGUAAUAAUGCAUUUAUGGCUAGAAGAAAUAUUUGGUAAUCAAAUUAUUUCAAAUAACCUAUAACCGUAGGAAUUAAAAUUGUUUUAUUGGAGAAUCGCUUGACUUUUUUUUUUAGUGGCCUCCUUACAGUUAGGUAAUAUCUUUAUCCCUAGGGACCACUCAACUAAAUGGUGCAAUAAGUAUUUUUCAUCAAAGUAUGAAUAUAUUAGAAAUAUAUUCUUUAGUUUUAAUUAUAAAAUAAUAAUAUAAUUAUUUCUAAUGAAUUAAUUUUUUUAACAACAAUACUGUACUUAUUUAUUAUUUAUUAAGUUGAUAUUGUCAUGAAAUUCCUUUCAAAACAUUAUAUAUAUAUAUGCAUGCA